CGUGAGUCAGUGAUUAGAAGCCAAAUGUUGCCAUCAAACAUGGCAGCCAAGCAGCCAGGUCCAAUGAUGUUGCAGGAUUCAUCACCACCUCCAGCUUCUCUGUCCCCGAAGGGACACAUAGGAGAAUCCCCUCAACAGUUGGUGCACUCAGAAAUGAAAACUAACCCAAAUGGAAAUGAACCCAGAGGUCGUCUGGCCGCCUCAUCUGUUUAUGAUAAUUUUAAAAGUGCAGAAAUUUCUCGUUUUCUUGAAGGUAGAGAUUUACACCAGGACAAGGAAGUGAAAGCCAGUGAGAUCAAAGUACCAUCUGAGAAGGAAGUGGGUGAAAAUAAAAACCCACAAGCAGAUACAAGUCCCACUGCUGACAUCUUUAACAUGAGCAAUGAAGUUUCAUCCCCGGUGGAUGUUUCUUUGCCGCAACCAGUGCAGGUAUCAGAUCCUCCCCCAUCGUUGCCUCUCUAUCAUCGUUUCAGCGAGACAAGAUCCAUACCAGUGGGAUUCUCAACAUCCUUAUCUCAGCCAUCGGCAGCAUCUCUGAAUUCUCCAUCUAAAGAUUCACCGCAGCCAUUUCAGGAUGUUUUGUCCCUGACUGAACAUGAUACUGCUGUACAACCUCUUAUACAAAACCAGAAAAAGCAUUCACCAGUGAGCUCCUCUGUCCAGUCCCAACGUCCAUUUGAGUCCAAAAGUGACAAAGAUCUCUCUAGAUAUUUACCCUUGGGAGGCAAACGACAAGGCUCUUAUGACAUUCAUGGCAAUACAGAUGAUAAUUCAGAGCACAGCCGACUCCUGCGGCACUUGUCUAAGUUAUCCCAUUCUAAUACAUUUCCAAAACCUAAGAUGAAUGGCAUGUCAUCAGAUGUAUUGUCAGAGAGUGAUGAGGAAGAUACCCCUGAGGCACCAGCUAACAACCUUCAGUUGGAUUUGUAUAUUAGUGAAGAUGAUUUAUGUCUGUCCCAGGAGAACCUGGUAAAUAGUUCAUUCAGUAGCGUCAGUGCUCCCUCAGGACAAGCCAGCCAUGAAGAUCGUGGUCUUGGAUUGAUACGACAGUCAGGUCCUACAAGGCUAGGAAUCCGCAAGCACCAGAGUGAGGAGAGUCCAAAUUACAGCAAAAUUGUGAACAGGAGUCACGCAUUUCUGCAAGAUAAUGCCCGUACCCAAUCUCUUGACAACCCUCCAGGUAGAGAAGGUGUGAGUCCAGAUCCCUGGCGACUGAACAGCACAGUUGCUGGGAGUCCUGAAGUGGAGACCUACGAUAACAUAGUUCCUCAAACGGCACCUCAGCUCCAGAAUCAUGCCUACGCUUAUGACCCAAAUGAUGAUUCAGCACCAUGGGAUGGUGACAUGAACAGAGCAGAACAACGUCUGAGCCUUACAGAUGAAGACAAAGAUCGACUUCAGAGACUUAGGGACGUCCUCCCAGAUCAACAGGCAAUUCCUAUCUGA